ACCCCUGCCGGGUGAGUGACUGACAGCUCCCUGCAGCCAGUGGCCGAGGGGCUGGGUGGUGGAGACAGGCGCCCGUCGCCCCGGUGACCGGUGGCGAGUUGGUGACUCGGGGAGGAGCUGGAGUCCUAGGGGACGGCGGACUUCUGCAGAUGAAGGAACUGGGAUGCCAGGAAAGCACCUAAGUGAAACAUGAAUAAGAAUUGCAUUAAUUAAGGGCUCCUCCUGUUCUAGAGAUUAACCAAAAUGUAUAGACCAGGGGAAACAGUGAAACGCCGACUCAAUAUGCAUGCUCCUCCUCGGAUAAGAAGUGUGGAAGUUGCAAGAGGAAGAGCUGGCUAUGGGUUCACCCUUUCUGGACAAGCUCCCUGUGUUCUUAGCUGCGUUAUGAAAGGAAGUCCUGCAGAUUAUGUGGGACUUAAAGCAGGAGAUCAAAUAUUUGCAAUUAAUGAAAUUAAUGUAAAACAAGCUUCUCAUGAAGAUGUGGUGAAACUAAUAGGAAAAUGUUCUGGAGUCUUGCACAUGGUCAUUGCUGAAGGCAACAGUCAUAUUGACUCAUGUUCUAGUGAUGAAGAAGUUGGUUUUUAUGAUGGGAAAGGAUGGCUGAAGCCAAAGCCUGACUCUAAAGCCUUGGGUAUAAAUAGAGCGGAGAAGGUUGUUGAAGAAAUGCAGUCUGGUGGAAUUUUCAACAUGAUCUUUGAAAAUCCUAGUUUUUGUGCUGGUAAUGUAGAGAAUUCAGUAUCAAAACAAAGAUCCCUUUCUGAGACUGCUGCUACUAAAUUUGAAACUGGACAUGAAAGUAUAAAUAACAAUCCUAAUCUACUUUCAAAGGAAGAAAUAUCCAAAGUGUUGCAUGAUGAUUCAGUUUUUCAAAUUGGACUGGAAAAUCCAGAAGACUUUGGGUUAGAUGCAAGUAUUUUAAAUGUUGCUAUGGUGGUAGGUUACCUAGGCUCGAUUGAACUUCCUUCAACAAGCUCAAAUCUGGAAAAUGACAGUUUGCAGGCUAUUCGGGGAUGUAUGAGACGCCUUCGGGCAGAACAGAAAAUCCAUUCAUUGGUGAUGAUGAAGAUUAUGCAUGACUGUAUUCAGCUCUGCAGUGACAAGUCUGGUGUAGUGGCAGAAUAUCCUGCAGAGAAACUGGCAUUUAGUGCUGUGUGCCCUGAUGAUAGAAGAUUUUUUGGGCUAGUUACCAUGCAGACAAAUGAUGAUGCAAGCUUGGCUCAGGAAGAUGAAGGGGUUCUGAGGACAUCUUGUCACGUGUUCAUGGUGGAUCCAGAAUUAUUUCAUCAUAAAAUUCACCAAGGUAUAGCAAGACGUUUUGGACUGGAGUGUACGGCAGAUCCAGACACAAAUGGCUGUUUAGAAUUUCCAACGUCAUCUCUACCUGUUCUUCAAUUUAUCUCUGUCCUCUAUAGGGAUAUGGGUGAGCUGAUUGAGGGAAUGCGAGCAAGAGCUUUUCUUGACGGCGAUGCAGAUGCUCAUCAGAAUAACAGUACAAGCAGCAACAGUGAUAGUGGUAUUGGAAAUUUUAACCAAGAAGAAAAAAGCAAUAGAGUUUUGGUGGUUGAUUUAGGAGGCAAUCCAAGUAAACAUAUUCCUAAUAGUGUAUGGGAAAAUCCAGUUGGAAGGGGACAGAAUCAACAUGCUUCCCAUUGGAAUGGCUUCUGUCAAGAACAAGAAGGAAACACUCAUUUAGAAAUAAUUCAGAAUGACAAAUCACAAAAUUUAAGUAAGCACUUAAGUCCUUCAGCUCGUAUUGAAGUUCCACUAGUUUCUUCUCGAAAUUCAGUGCCGCCAUCCAAGAAAAGUAUUGUAGGCAUAGGCAAUCAGAGAUGGUUGCCUGUACAUGUCUUACAAGAAUGGCAACAUGGAAAUGCCAGUGACCAGGAGUCUUAUACAGAUUCUACAGAUGGCUGGUCAAGUAUUAACUGUGGUACUCUUCCCCCUCCAAUGAAUAAGAUUCCAGCUGACAGAUAUAGAGUUGAUGGCAGCUUUGGUCAGCCCCAAUUAACAUCCCAUACAAAUGAAUGGUCUAAGAAUGUUUUUUGCACACACAAGAAGUUUGGCCCUCAACGCAAUAUUAGAAAGUCUAAAGAAGUUAAAAAGGUAAGAAUGUUCAUAUAUAGGGUACUGCAAAACACUCUGAAGUUACACUGUUACACAACUUAAGUUUUAUUAAACAUA